GAGAAAACCACGGCUGGACCGUGGACGGAGGAGGGACUUUUCCCUAUCUAAAAGUUUGACUGGUAAUAAUAAAAGUUUUUGAACGAGAAGAACAAUUCCACAUGUGCACCCAAAAGUCGGCAUCCUUCUAUGAAAUUCAGUCACGUGGGACCCGGACCCCCUCCCCCCAACAGAAGAGCUCUGUUUCAGUUCAAAAGAGCCCAGAAAUGGUGGAUUCUUUUUUUUCAAAAAUCAAAUUUAUUUCAGUUCCCAGUGGAUUAGGAUUUAUCUCUCUACAAAUGAGGGAGGAUUUAUUUCCAUCUUCUUCUCCCCUGCAUAGAUGACGACUCCCUCCUUCACAGUGGUCGCCGCUAUCCUUCUUCUUUUCCCUCUCUCCGCGGAUGCCCUCGGCGGCUCUUCCGUUACCUUGGCCGUCAUGUACGGCGGCGCCUCCGUCACCGUCUGCGGCAUCGUCGCCGGGAAACAGACCCAGACGCUCCGGUGCUUGAGGGAAGGAGGCGGCAGCCCUUUUGACGUGUACCCCGGCGUGUCUUUCGAGUCCGUCGCCGGCGGGAAAAAAGUCCUCUGCGGCGUCCGGUCCGGCGGUUUCUCUCUCAUCUGCUGGAAUUCCCGCUUCAGACCCAAAAGGCUGUACUUGAACUACACGGCCCCGCUUUCGACGGUCACGAUUGGGGAUUCUCAAAUCUGCGGGCUUACAAACGGGUCGACCCGGAACUCCGUGUGCUGGCGCGGCGGGUGGAACGGGCCCGCCGGACUCCUCUCGAUUUCAUCCGGGUCGGGUUUUUCCUGCGGAGUAAUGAAAUCCUCGAACAGGGUAACUUGCUGGGGAGAAAACCCCGUGGCCGGAACCCUAGAAACAGAGUUUGGAAACGAAUCAAUGGCGAGCAUCACCGCCGGCGGACGAUUCGCCUGCGGGAUGACCACCGCCGGCUACUUGAUCUGCAAAGGGAGCAACGAAAAUGGAGAAUUGAACGUGCCCUUCAAUUCAGCUUACGAGUACAGUGGAUUAUCUCUGGGCUUAAACCAUAGCUGCGCGAUCCGGAGAUCGAAUCAAACGAUUGUUUGUUGGGGAGGAAAAGGUGCGUUUUCUGGCGGUGCAAUUCCCGGCGGGUUUUUUGAAUCCAUUGUUUCCGGGCCGGAGUUCUCCUGUGGGUUGAGAACGAGCAAUUUGACGGUGGUUUGUUGGGGCCCCGGCUGGAAAAACGGGUCGUCGGAGCUUCACCUCCCUAAGAUUCUUCCCGGUCCUUGCGUCGAUAGCGAUUGUAAAGAAGAUUGUGGCGUUUAUCCCGAUUAUCAAUCCCUCUGUUCUGGUAAUAAAAAAAUCUGCAAACCCUGCGACCGCAUUCAAAUACCUUCGCCUCCACCUCCGCCGCCUCCUGCGGCGGAUGCAAUUCCAUCGCCACCGUCUGACUCCAAGGGGCUCAGGAAGGGUUUAUUGGCAUUCGCAGUGGUUGGAUCGGUAGGGGCAUUUGCGGGAAUUUGCACUAUCAUCUACUGCCUGUGGACCGGCGUUUGCUUCGGGGAGAAGAAGAUCCACAACUCGGUUCAGCCCACGAUCCACGGCGCCCCCCACAACCCCCACUCCUCCAGCGGGCCCGUCUCGAGAUCGUCCACCAUCCGGCGACAGGGCUCCCGCCUCGUGCGGCGGCAGAGGAGCGGCACGUCGUCCAAGCACGCUGACAUUGCCGAGGAGUUCGCCUUCCCCGACCUCGUUGCCGCCACCGACAACUUCUCGCCGGGAAACAAGGUCGGCGGCGGCAGCUUCGGGACCGUCUACCGGGGAAAACUCCGCGACGGCCGCGAGGUGGCGAUCAAACGAGGCGGGCCCGCGACGAAGAUAUUCCAGGAGAAGGAAACGGCAUUCCAGUCGGAGCUCUCGUUCCUCUCCCGGCUCCACCACAAACACCUCGUCCGGCUCGUCGGGUUCUGCGAGGACGGGGACGAGAGGCUUUUGGUGUAUGAAUACAUGAAGAACGGGGCCCUCCACAACCACUUACAUGACAAGAACAACACCCACAAGAGUAGCGAUUUCCUGAAUUCGUGGAGAAUAAGGAUUAAGGUCGCGUUGGAUGCCUCGCGCGGGAUCGAGUACCUCCACAGCUACGCGGUCCCGCCGAUCAUCCACCGCGACAUCAAGUCGUCCAACAUUCUGUUGGACGGGAACUGGACCGCCCGGGUCUCGGACUUCGGGCUGUCGUUGAUGAGCGGGGACCACCAACGACGGCACCGUGGGCCGAUGACGGAGAAGGCGGGCACGGUCGGGUACAUCGACCCAGAGUACUACGGGCUGAACGUGGUGACGGCAAAGAGCGACGUCUACGGGUUCGGGAUUGUGUUGCUGGAGCUGCUGACGGGGAGGAGGGCGAUCUUCAAGGGGGAGGACGGGGACCCGUCGAGCCUCGUGGACUACGCGGUCCCCGCGAUAAUGGGCGGGGAGUUGGGCAGGGUGUUGGACCGGAGGGUGGGGCCGCCCGAGGAGCCGGGCGAGGGGGAUGCGGUGGAGCUGGUGGCGUACACGGCGGUGCAUUGCGUGAGUUUGGAAGGGAAAGACCGGCCGUCAAUGACGGACAUUGUCGCCAACUUGGAGAGGGCUUUGGCUCUCUGUGAAGACAGUCACGGCGGCCGCAUUUCCAGUGGCCAAAUCUCCAUUGUUUCCGAUUGAGUUCUUCAGGAAUUAGAGCCUUUUUUUUGUAUUUUUUCAACUAUUCUUUGGAGUUGAUUUGUGGGGGUACAUUGUUGGAUGUGGUGGUUCUGGCCGGUGUGUAGGGUUAGUUUUUUUUUCUAAUUCUAACACAAGCUGUAGUUAUUUUUUUGGACUGCUAAUUUGAUCACCCAAUUCUUUUGUGUCGCAUUUUUUUCAAGCUCCUACCUAUUAGUACAUCAUUUUAAGAAAAAAUGAAUAAGACUACUCUUU